AUGCUGAAUGCGAUAGAAAAAAUCUCUUCUGUCCACGUUCGCCAACAACUCCAAGAGCUUUGGAGGAAUGACUGUAAAAAGCAAGAGGAAAAAUCCCAAAACCUGUGGGAAGUAAAGAAAAGUUGGUUUAAGAAAUUCGAAGGCAACGGAGAAAAUAUCGCCAACUCGGAGGAUGCGGCACCUACCCCGCCAACAAACCAAGAUCAAAGGCGUGGAAAGCGCAGAAAUGCGAGACAACCGCCAAAGAGACGGCGAAACAACAGCCGCCCCAGAAAGAACAACCAAAACUUCAACAACGCAAGUGUCAGGAACAGAGAUACCGCUAAUAGUAGAAAUAGUGGCAACAGAGUCUCGCAACAACGAAGAAAGAAGGGACAAAAGCGAAACUCAAUUCAAAAUAAUCGUCAACAAAAAAGUCGACCACAGGAAAGGAACUCUAACCAUAACAGUGGAAACAACCGCAGGGUUCGUAACAAUAAUCGUACCAGUAAGGAUAAUGAUAGGAGCGCCGGUAGGUCAAAUUACAACCGGAGGCCUUUUUUAGGGCAGGGCCGGUACAGCAAUCCGAAUCAAACAUGAUUUCGGAGCUGUCUAGGGAAAUGACAAGUGAGGAAUGUUUCUGCAAUUUAAAGAUAGUGAAUCUAUCUUCUAAAGAACUUACAGAAGGGCAGAUCAAACUUUUAUCGAAGGGUCUUAAGUUUACUCCGACUCCGAAAAAAGACGUGUGAAUUUAGCGCCGAUAUACAAAACUUCUGCACGAAGUUACGGAAAAAGGAAUUUUUCGAGGAUAAAUCGGACGCUUCAGACACCGACGAAAGUCUGGCAAAAAAUAAAAGUAACUUCUGCCCUCCUAGAAACAGAAACAUUACCCUAGACAAUUACAUAGAUUUCCUCACGAAAUUUCCACUUGAAGAAUUACAAGUGAAAGACAUCAAACGUUCCAAUUUAACCAAAGAAGAACAAAAUGCCCUACAGGAGCUUAGGGAGGACUCUGAAAUACUUAUCUUCGAAGCUGACAAAGGAGGGGCAGUCGUAGUUAUGGACCGCACAUACUACGCCGAUAAAAUACUCGAAAUGCUGAAUGACUCACAAACAUAUGAGGAAAUUACCGCGAACAAGGACAAAGUCGUUAUGAAACUUAUGAAGGAGUUAGCAGGUAAUCACAGUCACAGCCUUACAGAGAACGAGGUUAACUACCUCUGUCACUUCGAUUUUUAA